AGAGAGGCAAGUAAAGUUUUUCAAAAGUUCCUGGAGGUGUUUGUAGACGCACUGCUGCCUGUCCGAGCAGCAGAGAACUCCAAUUGGAUUUAAUUUAAAACACCAUUUUAUGUUUUUAGUUUAUGUGAAAAGAUUUUAAAUCUACUUUAUGACGCUACGUAUCGAAGUUUCUGGGACCUUUUAUCUUUGCGUGAAAAUCUGAAGGAUGUAUUAUUGGUAACUCUUCUGAAGACUUGGAACAAAUUUCCACAGAAAUGGGGAUUUACAAUAUUUGGAUAUUUUUAUCAUUUUUAUGUGUUGUACAACAUGUUGAUGGACUCCGCUGUGUGGAUUCAUACCGACCCUGUGAGAAUGGAGGAAUGUGCAUAAGCUCCAAAUGCAUGUGCCGACCUGGCUACAUCGGACCUCUCUGCCAACACCUGGACCCCUGUCAUCGUGGGCCGUGCCACAACGGAGCCGUCUGCAAGAGCCAGGUGGCCAAUGGCAUCCCCCAGUACACCUGCGUGUGCCAGCGAGGAUUCCGAGGUCAAGACUGCUCCCAGAUUGAUGCCUGUGCCACCAGCCCCUGUGCCAAUGGCGCCCGCUGCGUCAACUGGAGCAACCACUACAACUGCUCCUGCCCGCCGGGCUUCCAGGGCAAGAACUGCCGCAAUGACAUCGAUGAGUGCCGCAAGCCAGGAAGGUGCCUGAACGCCGGCAUGUGCCAGAACACGCACGGCUCCUACACCUGCCGCUGCCAGCCGGGCUACAGCGGGCGCACGUGCGAGAUAGUCACCCUUCCCUGUGCGCCCUCCCAGUGCCUCAAUGGGGGCACAUGCCACCAAAUCAGCGACCACGCGUAUGAGUGUGCCUGCCUGCCAGGCUUCGAGGGCCACAACUGCGAGACCAACGUGGAUGACUGCCCCGGGCACAAAUGCAUGAACGGGGGCCUCUGUGUGGAUGGGGUCAACACCUACAACUGCCAGUGCCCCCCAGAAUGGACAGGCCAGUACUGUGCUGAGGACGUGAACGAGUGCCUGAUGCAGCCCAACGCCUGCCACAACGGCGGCACGUGCUUCAACACCAUCGGCGGCCACACCUGCGUCUGCGUCAACGGCUGGACCGGCGACGACUGCAGCGAGAACAUCGACGACUGCGCCACGGCCGUCUGCUUCAACGGUGCCACCUGCCACGACCGCGUUGCCUCCUUCUUCUGCGAAUGCCCAGUGGGCAAGACCGGUCUCCUGUGUCACCUGGAUGAUGCGUGCGUGAGCAACCCGUGUAACGAGGGGGCCGUGUGUGACACCAACCCCCUGAAUGGCAGAGCCAUCUGCACCUGCCCUGCCGGCUUCGUCGGAGGAGCCUGCAACCAGGACAUGGACGAGUGCUCCAUCGGUGCGAAUCCCUGCGAGCACUUUGGCAAGUGUGUGAACACAGAGGGCUCCUUCCAGUGUCAGUGCGGCCGUGGCUACACAGGGCCGCGCUGCGAGAUCGACAUCAACGAGUGCCUGUCCAUGCCCUGCCAGAACGAUGCCACCUGCCUGGACCGCAUCGGGGAGUUCACGUGCAUCUGCAUGCCAGGCUACACGGGGACAUACUGCGAGGUGGACGUGGAUGAGUGUGAGAGCAACCCCUGCGUGAACGAUGGCAUCUGCAGGGACAUGGUCAACGGCUUCUCUUGUACCUGUCAGCCAGGCUUCACCGGCACCAUGUGUCAGAUCGACGUUGACGAGUGCGCCAGCACGCCUUGCCAGAACGGGGCCAAGUGCUUCGACCGGCCCAACGGAUACGAGUGCCGCUGCGCAGAAGGCUUUGAGGGGACCCUUUGUGAGAGCAACAUUGAUAACUGCCGGCCUGACCCAUGCCACCACGGCACCUGCGUCGACGGCAUCGCCACCUACUCCUGCAACUGUGAUGCCGGUUACACGGGCUACCGCUGCGAGAACCAGCUCAACGAGUGUCACAGCAACCCCUGCCAGAGUGGCGGCAAGUGCGUGGACCUGGUCAACAAGUACAUCUGCCAGUGUCAGCACGGCACCUCAGGUGUCAACUGCGAGAUCAAUUUUGAUGACUGUGCCAGCAACCCAUGUGAAUUUGGUAUGUGCAAGGAUGGCAUCAACCGCUACGACUGUGUCUGCGAGCCUGGCUUCACUGGCCCAAAGUGCAAUGUGGAGAUAGACGAGUGCUCGUCCAACCCCUGCCGUAACGGCGGUACCUGUGUGGAUGACGAGAACGGCUUCCACUGCCAGUGCCCUGACGGCUUCCACCCGCCCUACUGUUACUCCAAGGUGGAUGAGUGUGCCAGCAACCCCUGUGUCAACGGAGCCUGCAGAGAAGACCCCAAUGGCUACAGAUGUGACUGUGAGCCCGGUUGGGUGGGGAAAAACUGCGACCUGAACCGCAACGACUGCCUGCCCAGCCCGUGCCAGAACGCCGGCACCUGCAUUGACCAGCUGAACGGCUUCACCUGCAAGUGCCGCCAGGGCUUCAAAGGUAACCUGUGCCAGAUGAAUAUCAACGAGUGCUCAUCAAGUCCGUGUCUGAACUCCGGCACCUGUGUGGAUGGUGUGGCCAGCUUCACCUGCCUGUGUGAUCUGCCCUACAACGGCCCCACCUGUGCUGAAGUGCUCACUCCCUGCUCCCCCAACCCCUGCUCCAACCACGCCCAGUGCAUCAACACACCCGACUACCAGGGGUACCAGUGCAACUGCUUGUCUGGAUGGCAAGGUCAGAUGUGUACUGCCGAUGUGAAUGAGUGCAUCGCCAACCCCUGCAAAAACCGCGGCACCUGCACCAACACACUGGGGGCCUAUGUGUGCUCCUGCCGGGCCGGCUUCACCGGGGCCAACUGUGAGACAGACAUCAAUGACUGCUCACCGAACCCCUGUCUGAAUGGAGGCUCGUGCUCAGAUGGUGUGAAUAGCUUCCAGUGCAGCUGUCUGCCUGGAUUCACUGGCCCGCGCUGUGCAGUGGAGGUGAACGAGUGCCAGAGCGCCCCCUGCAGGAAUGGAGGCACUUGCACUGACUACGUGAACAGCUACACUUGCACCUGCAAGCCUGGCUUCACGGGGAUCCACUGUGAGACCAACAUCCCUGACUGCACUGAGAGCUCUUGCUUCAACGGAGGCACUUGCACAGACAAGAUCAACGGCUAUACCUGCUCGUGUCGCUCAGGCUUCACCGGCUCACACUGCCAGUACGAGGUGAACGAGUGUGACUCGCAGCCUUGCCUCAACGGUGGCCUGUGCCAGGAUGCCCUCGAGUCCUUCCGCUGCUCCUGCCCCAAAGGCUACACCGGCAACCGUUGCCAGGUCCCGGUGGACUGGUGCCGCCGCUCCAACCCUUGCCAGAACGGAGGGCGCUGCCGGCAGAAGGACGCCGCCUUCACCUGCGAGUGCAUGGGCGGCUGGUCGGGCCGCUACUGUGACAUCCCAGGGGUGUCUUGCGAAGUGGCCGCAGCUCAGAGAGGCUAUCAGACGGACGAGCUCUGCCACCACGGCGGGCACUGCGUCAACACGGGCAACAGCCACUACUGUAAGUGCCCAGUCGACUACACGGGCAGCUACUGCGAGAGCCAGGUGGACCACUGCGAGGACAAACCCUGCCGCAACGGCGCCACCUGCAGGGGAUACGUGGGAGGAUACACAUGCGACUGCAUGCCAGGCUACCAUGGAGAGAACUGUGACAUGGAGAUUAACGAGUGCCAGUCUCACCCGUGCCAGAAUGGCGGCACCUGCAUUGACCUUGUGGGGCAUUACAUCUGCUCAUGCCCACCUGGCACUCUGGGUGUCCUGUGUGAGAUCAAUGAGGACGACUGCUCCACCCCAGCCAGGCCCCGGGGCACCCCCAAGUGUCUGAACAACGGCACGUGUGUGGACCGCGUGGGCGGCUACAAGUGCAACUGCCCCCCUGGCUUCACUGGGGACCGCUGUGAGGGAGACAUCAACGAGUGCCUGUCCAACCCCUGUAACCCUGGCAACAGCCUGGACUGCAUCCAGCUGCCCAACGACUACCAGUGCAUCUGCAAGCCUGGCUACACAGGUCGACGGUGCCAGAACCGUUUCAGUGUGUGUGAGUCUCAGCCUUGUCAGAACGGAGGCGCCUGCAGCGUCACCAGCAGCACAGCCUCAGGAUACACCUGCACCUGUCAACUGGGCUACACCGGUGCCAACUGUGAGCGCAGCAUGUUGUGCCGUGAGCUCUCCUGCUACAACGGUGGCAGCUGCACGCUGACCACGCGCGGCGCCCGCUGCAGCUGCCUGCAGGGCUACGCAGGGCCGCAGUGCCAGCACCGCAGCAACGAGGGCUGCUCGGCGCAGCCCUGCCGCAAUGGCGGUCUGUGCACCGAAGAGACCUCCUUCCCCUUCUUCCACUGCCAGUGCCCCGCCGGCUUUACCGGCAAGCGCUGCGAGCAGCCCAGCGGACACUAUGCUGACCCGCUGCCACCGCCACCGCCACCUGCCUGCCCGCUGGCCGACUGUCCUGGCAAGGCCAACGACGGCGUGUGUGACAAGGAGUGCAACACCUUCGCCUGCCGUUGGGACGGCGGCGACUGCUCGCUGGCCGUCAACCCGUGGGCCAACUGUCCUGACCCGCGCUGCUGGCGAGUCUUCAACAACAGCCAGUGUGACGAGAGCUGCAACAAUGCUGCCUGCCUCUACGACAACUUUGACUGUCGCAGUAAGGAGAAGGUUUGCAAUCCGAUCUACGAGACGUACUGCAUCGACCACUUUGCCGAUGGCCUCUGCGACCAGGGCUGCAACACGGAGGAGUGCGGCUGGGAUGGCCUGGACUGCGCUGUGAAGGUGCCCGAGAACCUUGCGGACGGUGUGCUGGUUGUCACGGUGCUGCUGCCGCCCGAAGAGCUGUUGCGCACGGGCACGGCCUUCCUGCAGAAGCUCAGCGCCAUCCUGCGCACCAGCCUGCGUUUCCGCCUCGACCAGAACGGCGAGGCCAUGAUUCGCCCAUACACCCGCCGCGAGGCACGCCUCAAGCGCGAGCUGCAGCCUCAUCAGGAGGUCAUUGGGUCCAUCGUGUAUCUGGAGAUAGACAACCGUCUGUGCUCUCAAGGCUCUGAUGGCUGCUUCCCCUCGGCUGACACGGCGGCGGAGUACCUGGGAGCCCUGUCUGCCACGGAGAUGCUGCGCUUCCCCUACCCCAUCAAAGCAGUCCGCACUGAGCGGAUGCGACCCGAAGAUGAGUUGCCAGAGUGGUCCAAGCUCCUGCUGGUGGGCGUGGCGGCCGUCUUCCUGCUGGUCAUCCUGGUGGUGGGCAUGCUGAUCGCGCGGCGCAAGCGGGAGCACAGCACACUCUGGUUCCCCGAGGGCUUCUUCCUCAAGAAGGACACCAGCAGCAACAAGAACCGCAGGGAGCCGGUGGGACAGGAUGCCCUGGGCAUGAAACACAUGCCAAAGACAGUGGAGGAGUCUCUUCUGGGAGACCACAGUGACCAGUGGAUUGAUACAGACUGCCCUGAGGCCAAGAGACUGAAGGUGGAGGAGCCCAGCAUGCUGUCGGACAGUGAGGACCCGGUGGACUCCAGGCAGUGGACGCAGCACCAUCUGGCAGCCGCCGACAUCCGCAUGCCGCCCUCCAUGGCACUCACGCCUCCGCAGGGAGAGUUUGACACUGACUGCAUGGACGUCAACGUCCGAGGACCUGACGGUUUCACUCCUCUCAUGCUGGCGUCAUUCUGCGGAGGCGGCCUGGAGCCCGAGGUGGCAGAGGAAGAGGAGGAGGAGUCAUCCGCCAACAUAAUCUCUGACCUCAUCUACCAGGGCGCCUCGCUGGCCGCCCAGACAGACCGCACCGGGGAGACGGCCCUGCACUUGGCCGCCCGCUAUGCCAGAGCCGACGCCGCCAAGAGGCUGCUGGAUGCCGGAGCGGACGCCAACGCACAGGACAACACCGGACGCUCACCACUGCACGCAGCGGUGGCCGCUGAUGCCCAAGGAGUAUUCCAGAUCCUGAUCCGUAACCGUGCCACUGACCUGGACGCCCGCAUGUACGACGGCUCCACGGCCCUCAUCCUGGCUGCCCGCCUGGCAGUGGAGGGCAUGGUGGAGGAGCUCAUCACCUGCCACGCCGAUGUCAAUGCCGUCGACGAACUGGGUAAAUCUGCCCUGCACUGGGCUGCAGCAGUCAACAACGUGGAAGCCACCAUCGCCCUGCUGAAGAACGGAGCCAACAAAGACAUGCAGGAUCUGAAGGAGGAGACUCCUCUGUUCCUGGCGGCUCGCGAGGGCAGCUGCGAGGCGGUGAAGGUGCUCCUGGCCCACUUUGCCAACCGCGAGAUCACCGACCACAUGGACCGGCUGCCGCGCGACAUCGCUCAAGAGCGCAUGCACCACGACAUCGUGCAGCUGCUCGACGAGUACAACACGGUGCGUAGCCCGCAGGGGCACAGCGCCGCCGCCCACCACCUGGCCGUGGCCGCCGGCGGGCACACGCUCUCGCCGCUCAUGUGCCCACCCAGCAGCUUCAUGCAAGGCCUCAAGACCACUCCGCAGGGCAAGAAGAGCCGGCGUCCCAGCGCCAAAGGCUCGGGCGGCAUGAUCGGGCCGCACGGUGGCAACAUCGGCCUGAAGGAGUCCGCCAAAAUGCGCAACAAGAAGCUGACGCUAGACAUGCAGAGCGCCCUGCUGGAGAGCUCGGUCACGCUCUCGCCCGUCGACUCGCUCGACUCGCCGCACGGCGGCACCAGCAACGCCGGCUACAUGACCAACCCCACCUCGCCGGUCGCCAUGCCCUCGCCCGGCCUCUUCCACACCUCCAUGUCGGUGCCCAACACUCCCAUGGUGCACAGCGCCAUGCUGGACGGCAGUGGGCCCUUCGCCGUCUCCCUGGCACAGCUCAAUGACCUGGGUGCUGGGGGAGACGGCGGGCUCUCAAUGCACGCCCGCGUCUCCAUGGCAUCAGCGGCAGUGGUGAACCCGCACAGCUACGUGCUGAACGCCGGCCAGCUGGGCAUGACCAUGGGCAUGGUGAACCCGGUGAGCGUGCCCUUCGACUGGCACAGCCGCAUAUCCGCCUCGCAGUGCGGCCAGGUGAACAUGGUGCAGGCCGGCAUGAUGCCCCAGACGCCCACCAUGCAGCAGGGUGGCCUGCUCAUGCACCAGCAGAUGUUCCGUGGUGCUCAGCCCAUGCUCCAGCCAACGCCCAUCUCCUCCACCCCCACCGUCAGCCCCAUCAAGCUGGCCUCCAUCGCCGAGCAGCAGCCGCCUCAGCACCAGCCUCAGCACCACAGCCACGUCCUGGCACGCAUGGGCACCUCCAGCCCUCCCACCCCCCAGCAGACGCAGCCCCCAACAGCCUUCUACCAGCAGUCCCCUCAGCAGCCCCAGCCAACCCCCCAGGCAGCAGCAGUGGCGGCCCAGCCGCCCCAGGCUCAGGCCCCCCAGCCCGGAGGCAGCAGCACGGGCCUGGAGGAUUACCCCACCCCACCCUCCCAGCACAGCUACACCCCCACCAUGGAUGCCACACCCAAGCAUUACUUGCGCCUGCCCAGCGAGCACCCCUACCUGACCCCCUCCCCAGAGUCGCCAGAGCCCUGGUCCAGCCCCUCCCCGCAGUGCGUGUCUGACUGGUCUGAGUCCACCCCGAGCCCGGCCGUGUCCGGACCCGCUCAGACCCAGAUCCCCCACGUCCAGGAGUCCAACGGAAAGAUGCAGGUGUUCGCGUGAAGAACCCACCAUCGCCACUUCCACACAUUCCCACCCCCUGCCCUGAAAGUGUAAGAGCCGAUGAGAACAGAGAAGGGAGCUCUCGUUAGAGCUCUGGUUUCGUUUUUAUGGGUCAGCCAGUUUCCAAGAUUUUGAAUUGGAUCCGGAUUGACUGUGUUGCAUCAAGAAGACCGUCUGCUGAUGUUGCGUGCAGAGGAAAAAAAAGAGUAAAGGGAAAAAAUAGUUGUUGUUAUUGUUGUCUUAAAAGAAAAGACAAUACAAUGAAGUAAGACUUAUUCUGUCUCAGAUGGACUUGUUUUUUUAUUAUAAAAAAAAGUAUAUGAAGAAAGCCACGUCUUUUAUUUCAAAGACUUGGGGGACACUUUCCUGAAACUAACAAACUUUUAGUAGAUCAAGAAAGAGAAAAAAAGCAAAUGUUGAAGGAAAUUCCUUUCUUUUUUAUUUAUUGUUUUCCUGUGUUCCUCCUUUUUAAGAAAAAAAGAAACUGCCUCGUGGGGCGUUCUCUCCCUCUCUGUGUCCGAAAUGAGUGGCCACUCCAUGGCCCAGACCUGUUACUCUUCACCGCCUCUCCCUGGAGGCCCUGCGGUUAUUCUCCAAUGUCAUGUCCGGUCCGACUCACAUUCAUAUUGUUUUGAAAAAUGAAACCCGAAUAUGAGGGCGUUGUCCUCCUUAAAGGUGAUUUUUAUUAUUUCAGGCAUUUUCCUUCUUCUCAUUCAGCCCUUGUUUUCAGUCAGUACCAUAGAAUUAUUUCUAACCCUAUGGCCUUUACCUAUUUAUGAAGCAGAAGUGGCCAGUAUAGAUUACUUGUGGCAUUUGUUCUUUUUGUUAGGCUAUGUCCUACAUGUCACUGACAAACAUCAACAGAUAUAUCCAGUUUAUUCCGGUCUUGUUAAGUCAGUCACACACAGACACGAUGGGUUUGGUGGCCUUGGGUCGCAGACUGAUGGAGAGAGGGCACUCAGUGUUUGUUAUUUAUUUAGGCCAGAAAAAAAAAAGAAACUGAUUGGCACUGUGAACAAACUACAAAAAAUUGCUUGAACUAGGUAAAUGUCAAAUUAUUUUGGAUGAAAACUAAAAAAGUAUCAUUAGUCAGUUUUAAUCCAUUUCUCUAGGUAUGUAUUGCGUGUAAGAAUGUAUAGGGACAUUUCUGAAGCACUUCUUGGGGCGAACAUGUGGGCGAUGAUAGUGAGCUGGGCUCUCCCUUCUUGCAGUAAUACCAGUGACCACAUGCUCUACAGGUCAGCCAUCAGAGGAAAGCCAGGUGUGAUUCCGUGAGAUGUCCCUUUCGAACUGCCCCUCUGUCUUACUCUUUCAUGGCUUUCAGUCCUGGGCUCUUCUCCAGAGUAGCCAGCUGCAACCUCCAUUCCUUCAGUAUUUCAGCUUAAAUAUUUAUGACCAGUAUAGAUGAGUUCAUUAUUUUUUUUGCCAUUAAUAAAUCAGCCAGUCACUGCCUUUUAAAGUGCUCUGUUGUUGUUUUGUUUUAUUUGUUUUUAUUAUGAUGAUUUUUAUCCUUCUACUGAAAACAUGGUUACCUUUUUGUGAACAUCGACGAGAUGUACUAAGCUAUUAUUUUAUUUCAUGAUUUUUUUUUUUUCUUAUUGGCUGCUGCUCGCUGUCACUCUAAAGUGUGACACCCGUGUGUCUUCUUC